UUAUGUCCUAGUUUGAGGAACCUAAUGUUUGAAAUGCUUCCUUUGUCACUUGUCUGCACAUAGGUGCAAACAAGUACAUGACAGAGAAUUGAGGUCAUCUUACACCGUAGAGUGACUAUAAGCUUUAUUCUUAUUUUAUGUGCCGCUGUUUUUAAGGGUGAACCUUUGAGAUCCUCCAAUUGUAUUAGCAACAAACCUGGGGACUCGUAUUGCAGCAAAUAAUCUUCAGCAGCAGGUCAUCUAAAUGCGUAAGCAAUUAGACCGUCCUUGCAAGUUUCGGCUUUUAAAUAUUUGUGUUUCAAAUUGCUGAAAGUGCAAGCCAACAGCAAUGCUGCGAUGGAAACCAAACAUGUGGGACCUGCAUGAAAAGGCCCAACAGGAGGAGACAUCGUUGAAAGUAAAAUAUCCGGUGCCUUCAUUGGCCAUUCAAGGGUAUCAAGAAGGAAGAAGAAUGUCAUCAGAGAGGUUGGCAUCUUCUGAGCCCAUCUGGAACAGUGAGGAAAGGGGACGGAGUGGUUGCUACCAACUCUGUAAUGUUUUCCGAACACAUGACAUGGAAAUCGACCAGUGCUUGCUGGAGUCACUGCCUUUAGGACAGCGACAACGACUCGUGAAGCGAAUGCGUUGUGACCAAAUAAAGGCCUACUAUGAGCGUGAGAAACUUCUUCAAAAACAGGAAGGGUUCAAAUACAAACAGAAACAUGGGAAGAAAAACAAGGUCCACUUCAACUCAUCAGACAUAAUCCAAGAAGCUAUUAUACGACAUGAUGAUAAAGAAGUCUUGAAGGUGCUGAAGGAUGGUACUGACCCCAACACCUUGAUUUCCUCAGGAGGCUCACUGCUGCAUCUGUGCGCUCGAUAUGACAACAUCUUUGCUGCCGAGAUUCUAAUUGAAAGGGGAGUGAAUGUCAAUCGACAAGAUGAGGAUUUAUGGACUGCUCUGCAUGUAGCAUGUGCGUGUGACAAUCCUGACAUUGUUCUGCUUCUCAUGUUGGCUGGAGCCAAUGUACUAUUACAAGAUAUCAAUGGGAAUAUUGCACUGGAUUACACAAUGGAAGGCACAGAAUCAAGCUCCAUUCUUCUGCGACAUCUAGAAGAUAAUGGUGUUGAUGCAAAUUCUUUGAGACAGAUGAAAAUGCAACGUCCUUCCAAAAUGUUGGCAGAUGUUAGGAAUCUCUUGGCAGCUGGUGGGAAUGUCAAUCAAAUGAAUGAUGAAGGAGUCACGCUGUUACAUAUGGCAUGUGCUAGUGGCUACAAGGAUGUCUCCACCCUACUGCUGGAGAAUAAAGCUGACACUGAUGUUCCUGAUAACUGCUAUUGGACACCACUUCAUCUCGCUGCAAAAUAUGGACAGAUUGCCAUUGUGAAAUUGCUUCUGAAGCAUCAUGCAAAUCCUAAUCUCCUUAACUGUAAUGAGGAGAAGCCCUCAGAUGUUGCAACGUCUGAAUGUAUUGAAGAUAUAUUGCUGAAAGCAGAGGAAGAUUGGAAAGAGACUUGGAAACAAUCUGCACCAUUUUGUGCUGAUCCAGAAAUGCAAGAGGAAACAUAUGAAGAAAUCACGCACGAUGCUCCUGUGCCAGUGAAAAAACUGAACCCACUUGUCCUGUCCAUUGCCAAGCAGGAUAGCAUGUUGGAAAAAGAUAUAAUGUUUAAAGAUGCCUCUGGGAGUUUGUGUAAACAAAAUUCACAAGACAGCAACAGCGACAAUCCAACAGUGAACAGCACAUCAAAACCUGACCAGGUGAAGCUGAUUCCUCCUGCUCCAAACGAUGACCUUUCCACUUUGAGUGAAUUGACAGAUAGAAGCCUUCUGUAUGAAAUCCAGAAGCGAUUCACCAAUGAUCAGAUAUAUACAUAUAUUGGACAUAUUUUGCUGCUGGUAAAUCCAUAUAAAGAACUUCCAAUAUAUUCCACCAUGAUCACCCAACUUUACCUGAGUAAUACAGUGAGGUUGAGUUCCUCACUCCCACCACACAUAUUUUCAUGCACUGAAAGAGCUUAUCAUAUGAUGAUACAGGAGCAAAGGUCACAGUGCUUCAUCCUAAGUGGUGAAACUGGAUCAGGCAAAACAGAAGCUUGCAAACACAUUGUGAAGCACCUGGCAUGUAGAUCUAUGACCACUGAGUGUGUGCUUGAAGCAAAGAUUAACCACGUCAGCUGUGUGUUGGAAUCUUUUGGCCAUGCAAAAACAACACUGAAUGAAAAUUCCAGUCGAUAUAUAAAAUACCUAGGAUUGCAGUUCAGUGAAAACAACAGGACUUUAAUUGGAGCCAGAGUUUACACCUACUGUUUAGAGAAAUCUCGUCUUGUCUCCCGUCCACCUAACCAGUACAAUUUUCAUAUUUUCUACCUGAUGAUUGAUGGCCUGUCAACUGAGGAAAAGUGUGCUCUGUACCUCAGCAAUCCUUCUGUCCACAGGUAUAUGAACCGAAAUUCACAAGAUGAGGUGACAGCAGCCGAAACAGUUCAAAACAGAGACAGGUUUCUUGCUGUAAAGCAAGCUUUAAGAAACUUAGGUUUCAACAACCUGGAAGUUGACAACCUGUUUUUGAUUCUGUCUGCAAUUUUGCUUCUUGGGGAUAUCCAGUUUUUGGCUGUGACAGAUACUGAGGUAGCUUAUGUGUCAGAUGUGCAAUUGGUGGAACAAGUGGCUGGCAUUCUUCAAGUGUCACCAGAUGACCUCAGUUCAGCCUUAACAUCUGAUGUUCAGUGUUUUAAAGGGGAUAUGAUUUUGAAGAGACACACGGUGGAUGUUGCAAAUUUUUAUCGGGACCUUCUGGCAAAGUCCCUUUAUAGUCGUCUUUUUAGCUUCUUGGUGAACAGUAUAAAUAAUUACCUACAGAGUCAGGAUGAUGGGGAAGGCAGUUCAGCAUUUGAAAUUGGAAUAUUGGACAUCUCUGGCUUUGAAGAAUUUCAGAAAAAUGCUUUUGAACAGCUUUGUACCAACAUGACGAAUGAGAAGAUCCAUCAGUAUAUACGCGAGACACUCUUUCAACAACAGCAGGUGGAAUAUAUGCAAGGAGGUGUCUCCAUGGAAACAGUGAACUCUCCUGGCAACCACAAUUCUGUUCUGGACUUCUUUUUUCAGAAACCUAGUGGCUUUUUAUCGAUGCUGGAUGAAGAAAGCCAGACUCUUCGAUCAAUGGAACAAAGCCUCAGCAAACGGCUGCAGUCCCAUUUGGAAACAGCUCAUACAAAUGCUGUUUACAUGUCUACGAAGGAUGGAAAUGGGAACAUUCCAUCAAAGGAUCCAGGCUCAGCAUUCACUAUCAUGCAUUACGCAGGAAGGGUAACCUAUGAUUUAACAGGAGCGAUUGAAAAGAACAGAGAUUCGCUUUCCCAAAGCCUGUUUUUUAUUAUGAAAACCAGCGAAAAUGUUGUUAUUCACCAAUUCUUCCAGUCCAAAUUGACCCAAACUGGUUCCCUUAUUCCCUUACAUCAUCACUUGAGCCUUAGAGGGUCCAAAGCAUUGAUGAUGUCAAAGAAUCGAUGUUCUACUUCUCGAACCAAAGGACCAAAAAAGUUUCUGGACAUUAACAGCAAGUUCCUGAAAAAAAAGACAACAGCAACGUUUCUACAACGAUUAGAGUGGGGUGGGCCCAUAACGCUGGCUUCCCAGCUUAGGAGUUCCAUUCGUGAUAUAAUGGGAAAGCUCCAGAAUUCAACUCCUCACUUUGUGUAUUGCAUCAAACCCAACACAUCCAGGCAGGCCGAAAUGUUUGACAACUUCUAUGUAUCAGCUCAGUUGCAGUACAUUGGUGUCCUGGAGAUGGUGAAGAUGAUCCGCCAUGGAUACCCUUUGAGGCUAUCUUUCAGUGACUUCCUCACGAGGUACAGGGUUCUGGCUGACAUAGUACUGAGCGACAGAAAAAAACUUUCUGCAGAAGAGAAGUGUUGCCUCAUCCUCCAACAAUGUAAAUUACAGGGAUGGCAGAUGAGCCAGAGUGAAGUGUUUAUGAAGCACUGGCAAACAGAUCAUCUCAAUGAGCAAUGUCAUCAUUUGCAAAAGAAAAUUAUUAUCUGCCAAAAAGUUGUCAGAGAAUUUCUAGCCCGCCAGCGGCUGCUACAAAAGAUGAACAUCAAACAGCAAGAGGUCAACUCCAUUGAAAGCUUUUUGCAGUCUGCGGAAGAUAUGGGACUGAAAACAUAUGAUUCUUUGGUCAUUCAAAAUGCUUCUGACAUUGCACGGGAAAACGACAGGAUCAGGAAUGAACUUAAUGCAGUUUACCUGAGGGAAAAGUUGGAAGCACGACACCGAGACGAGCCGGCCAUAAAACGAUCUGGCAACGGGAGUGGAAAGGUCAAUGAAGACAGUCUUUCAGGCUGCCGAACAGCGAAGCAUUUUCUCUCGAGCUCAGUGCCGGCACCUACCUUUGUCGAUGGGUUGGCACAUUCUGUGAUUGGAUCAUCCAUCAGAUCACCCUCCCUUCACUCAGUAUUCAGUAUGGAUGAUAGCAAUGGCCUGCAGUCACCACGGAAACAACCUCCUCCUAAGCCAAAGCGGGACCCCAAUACACGACUGAGUGCUUCAUAUGAGGCGGUGACUGCAUGCAUUUCGGCGGCUUCUAAAGAAGCAACAAAUGAAGUUUUGACUAAACCAAGACCUCACAGCGAUGAUUACAGCACAAUGAAAAAGAUUCCUCCACCAAAGCCCAAAAGAAGCCCCAACACCAGACUGACAGGUUCAUAUGAAGAGAUCUAUGUAAGGAAGCCAUCUGUACCAAAAUUCACCAGCACAAUGACUAAAGGAGCACACAGCACCGGGACUAUUCAACGCGCCGCGUCUGCUGAUGGGCCCCACUAUGGCACUUUGAGUCUCCAUUUGUCCCAAGAUGAGGAUGUGGAGCCUGUUUACAUAGAAAUGGGAGGGACCGGUGGAACCACUGGAAAUUAUCUGGCAGAGAUGGACAGUCCCGAUCAAGGAGAAUCUGUUUAUGAAGAAAUGAAAUAUUGUUUGCUAGACAGCAACUCAAGUACUUCCUUCUUCCCAAAGCAGGCAGCUUGUCCUCCCCUUCACACAGAAAUGAAAACCCCAACAUUGCCUGAGGACUUCAGAACAGGCACCGCUCCCAUGGCAAGCUGCCAGGAAUUAGUAUGUGAUAUUCCUCCACCGUUUCCAAACCUCCUCCCCCAUCGGCCCCCUCUACUUGUAUUUCCUCCAACACCAGUACAGUGUUCCCCUGCUUCUGAUGAAUCACCACUUACACCUCUUGAGGUGAAAAGAUUGCCAGUUCUGGAAACUAAUUUGAAUUACUCUGUGCAAUCAGACGGCAUAUCGCCUGCUUCUCAACCAUAUACAAGCCAUCAAAAAGGAGAAAGUAAUACACCACCAUCCCCUGGAGUGGGUGUGUUCAGUAUAUCAGGAAAAAUGUCUCCACCCUCAACAUCACCUCCUCUUCCUUCAAUCCCUACACCCCCCUACAGGCAAAGCUCACAUUUUAUUUUCCCACCAGACACUUCCACAUCAUGCUUUGUCAGCACAGGAAAACUAGCUAUGAGCACAGAUGCACCCAAAGUACCUCAGAAACCUACUCCCCUGCAAGGAGGGACCUCUAUGAGCUCUACAAGAUUGCCUUGUUCACCAGUAAAAAGCUGCAGGACAGAACCUGGGAAGAGCCAACCUUCCUCAGCAGGGAGUGCAUCACUAUUUCCUUACUCUUCCACUAUUAAUAGGCCAAUUACCAGCCCCCUUGAUGAGCUGAACAGUCUUUUCAGCUCAGGGCGCAGUCUUCUUCGAAAAUCAGCAGUAGGGAUGAAGAUACGGGAGCAAGCAAGCACAAAUAGUGAAGGAAAUUUGAGUCUGUCUAACAGACAAGAGAACUGUGAAACAGAAAAUGUAACGGAGACGCAGGAUAGAAACGCCAAUAACCCUUUGACCACCUUGCCCCCUGUGGUACCUGCAGUUCCGUCAGUGGAGAAUGGAAAUCAACUUUUGAAUGAUCCCUCUCUCCAUGGAGAAAAUUUUCAGGAAUUACGAUUGAAUUCCCAGCAUGGAGUCUCAAUAGACAGCAACAUGGACUGGCGAAUUAGACACUGAGGCCACGACUCAGGAUUCAUGCUGCUCAGUACCUUUGCUGAUUUUCUGUGCUCUGAUUGAACAAGACUGCGCCAGGAAGUUUUCUGAAAAUGGCAUCCUAUUUAUUGGCAGAGCCGUGAAAGGAUUAACUCCUCUGCUUAAAUCACAGACAGAGGAAUUUCAGAAAGACUUGCUGAUUGAUCUUGUGCUAACGUCAAAUAUUUUGCCUUUCUUUCUUUUCCAUAAAACAUCAUAUCGAGGGAAACGGUGCCUCCCAAAUUGUGUCCGACGCAGCUAGCUUAAACGAGUCCAAGUAAAAUUGAACAUUAAAAUGGAAUAAUAGUCAUUUUGAAAAUUAUGCUGAGCUCAUUCCGUAUAUGGGUAUUUUUCUCAUUAAGGAACCAACAUUCUGGAGCCGAUAUUUGACAUCUGUGUAAUAGAUGCAAAAUGAACACAACAAUAACCAAUCUAGAAGGACAGAAGCCCGUGUUCAAUCCACAUCAGGGCACAGACCUCUGCUACAUUGGUCGGGUACAUCUUCAGCCAUCUCUGGUUAUAAAAUCAUACCGUUGUACAGCACGGCAACAAACCGUUUGGUUCAACUUGUCCCUGCUGACCAGAAAUCCAAAAUUAAUCUGAUCCCAUUCGCCAACAUUUGGCUCAUAUCCCUCUAAACACUUCCUAUUCGUAUACCCAUACAGUUGCCUUUUAAAUAUUAUAAUUGUACCAGCCUCCACCACCUCCUCUGGCAGCUCUAUCUGCACAUGUACCACCCUCUACAUGAAAAAGUUGCCCCUCAGGUCCCUUUGAAAUCUUUCUCCUCUCACCUUAAACCUACGCCUUUUAGUUUUGGACUCCCCUACCCUGGGAAAAAAGUCUUGGCUAUUCACCCCAUCCACGCCCCUCAUGACUUUAUACAUCUCUAUCAGGCCAUCAGCUUGAAAUGAAUGCUACCCUAAGUUCUAUAUUGAAAAUGAGCUCUUGUUCACAUUAUUAACUGUACUCUCAUAUUUGCUUCCUCUGUCUUUUGACAGUUCUGAAGAAAAGUCACAACAAACUCAAAAUGUUAAUUCUGUUCCAAUCCCCAUAGAUGCUGCUAGACUUGCCAUGUUUUUGCAACAUUUUCUAGUUUUCCAUGAUCUGCAGUAUUUGGCUUUUAAUUUCUCCCUGCAGUUGGCCCUUGGUCUCUGGAAACUUUGAGUAAUAAUAUUUAUUCCUGACAGCCAAUCCAGAAAACCUUAAAAAAAGACUAUUGAAAGUUGUUCAAAAAAAGAUUUCAAAACUUUGAAACUGCUCCUGCACAAUACAAUACCUCUUUUGAAUAUCAGCCUUUACUUCCUUUUGUCUUAUUCCUGCAGGCAUCAGAGCCAGUCAAAACAUAACACUAAUAUUUCCAUCUGUGGAUCUUUUCAAUUAGCUUCAUGAUAUUAAGGUAGUUCUUGAUCCUCUCCAGGCCACUGCGAACCCAUUCGGCUCAGCAUGCUGAUGUCUGUAGUCACUAACAGCUCUUCAAUGCAACCUUGUUUUUGUUGAAAUCAUGAGCUAUGUGCCAAGUGAAAGCUAAAAUACUUCCUUCUAAGAUAAAGAAGUAUUACAGUUAUUUCUUCACUUGUAAACUGCAGAAUCACAAGCAGUAAUCAAAUCUGAUUUAAAUAUAGUUUACUUCAUAAAGUGAUCUGGAAAUGAGGAAAAGGAAAAUGAUCCUAGAAGCAAAAGAGAAGUUUGUUUCCCAUUUAUUGUCCAUUUCUUCACAAAGGUAGAUUUCACUUGUUCAUAUGACUUUUACAGAAGAUCUGAACUCAAGUUGUAGAAUUAUGGUAAAGAUAGUUAAUAAUGAAAUGUGUUAAUUCUCUGAUUAAUAGUUGAGAAGACAAUUAAGAAGGUCGUAGUUGAUGCAUCUAAACAGCUGAUCAUACAGAACUUCAGAAAGAACACUGCACUUCAAAAUGAUCUAUUUGCUUUAUCCUCCUCCUACCCUGACCCCUCUUCCAGGGCAAAAAAAUCAUGAAUAAAAUGUAGUGUGUACUUUAAAUGUUUAAAAGUAUUUAUGUUGUAUCAUAAAUUAUGUUUACAAUCUAAUUGUGUUUGAUGGUAACAUGUUGGGGCACACUCGCCUCUUUUGCAUGUUGUUUUUGGUGCUUUUUCAUUUCAAACUGGAUCUAUCUUUCAGGAAGCUGCAUUUCUCUGGGUGAUGUGGUUUAUGCAGUCAAAAAACUGAUAUUGAGUCUUUGCUGAUUUUAGUAACACUUUGCUUUUGUAAUUUACAGUGUAAUAUUAUCAAUCAAAUCCUGGUCUAAAAUUUCUAUCAGUGUCAUA